AUGUCUGCGAGAGUCCAAAGUAAUUUCAUGGUUCGUCAUAAUAAAAUUCCAUUUCAUGUCUUGACAAACGAUGACGAAUUCGAAUCACGUUCGAAGGAUACCCGAGACGCUCCGAGACCCAAAAAUGUUGUCGAUCGACUGGUGGGAAAUUUAAGGAAACAGCGAAGAUAUACUCCUGAUAAUGAAUUCAAACAUCAAAGGCUUACUGCUUCAGCGAGCGUAGAAGGCGAAGAGAAUUUUACAGGCGCAACGCAAAAGAUGCCACAAAUUCCCGAACGUUCGUCCAGUAUAGAAAACAUAGGCGGACUUGUUGUACAGAAUGAAUACUUAGAUUUCAAGCCACCUUCGGAAGUGUAUAUGGGCCGCAGACGUUCGAAGUCAGACUCGGAUCUCUUGGUAUCAUGUGAAAUCUUCGCCAGGCGUCGGGCUGCGAUUUGUGAAGAAAUGGAGAGGUCUAUAUUAAUGGAAAACGGAGUGACUUUGCGAAAAUGCCGAAAGAAUUUGGUCCUCAAUCAGAUUUUGGAAAAUCUGUCGUUGCUGUAA